AUGGAUAUCGAUCAAAGUAUUACACUUCGUUUAAAAAAUUCAAAUCAAUCACAUUUAUUAUCUUAUUGGGAUCAACUUGAUCAUGAACAACGAGCAAUACUUCUUCGAGAUAUAAAUAGUAUUGAUCUCGAACGUAUUACAGAAGCUUUUGACGAGAUUAAAGAUCAAUUAAUUGAAACAUCUACUGAUAAGAAUGAACAUGGUGAAACAAUUGAUCAACUUAUGGAACCUAUUCCUGAACAUUUAACUGGAUCUGUUGAUAAAACAAGUAAAGAACAACUUGAAACUUAUCGUCGAGAAGGUUUAAAAGCUAUUGCUGAAGGUUCCGUAUGUGUAUUAUUACUUGCUGGAGGUCAAGGAACUCGUCUUGGUGUUGAUUAUCCAAAAGGAAUGUAUGAUGUUGGUUUACCAUCAAAAAAAUCACUUUAUCAUAUUCAAGCUGAACGUAUUCGUCGACUUGAACAAUUAGCUAAUGAAGAAUUUAAUACUAAGAAAGCAACAAUUCCAUGGUUUAUUAUGACAAGUGAACAUACACGACAAUCAACAGAAGAUUAUUUUAUUGAACACGAUUAUUUUGGUUUAAAACCACAAAAUGUAAUUUUUUUUGAACAACAUACAUUACCUGCAUUAGAUUUUCAAGGAAAAAUUUUACUUGAUGAUAAACACAAAUUAACUAAAGCAGCUGAUGGUAAUGGUGGUUUAUAUCGUGCAUUAAAAACACGUGGUAUGCUAUCUGAAAUGGAAAAACGUGAUAUUAAAUAUGUUCAUGUUUAUUGUGUGGAUAAUAUUCUUGUUCGUGUUGCUGAUCCAGUAUUUAUCGGAUUUUGUCUAGAUAAAAAAGCUGAAUGUGCUGCCAAGGUUGUUAAAAAAACAUUUCCUGAUGAAGCUGUCGGUGUUAUAUGUAAAGUACGAGAUCAUUUUCAAGUUGUUGAAUAUUCUGAAAUCUCCGAAAAAACAGCACAAAAAACAAAAUCUGAUGAUAGUGGAGAUUUAUUAUUUAAUGCUGGAAAUAUUUGCAAUCAUUUUUUUACUUUUGAUUUUCUUCGAGAUGUUUGCCAAAAUCAUGAAAAUAAACUUUGUUUUCAUAUUGCAAAAAAGAAAAUUCCAUCAAUUGGUACUGAUGGUAAACGUAUCAAUAAACCAACUGAAAUUAAUGGAAUAAAACUAGAAAAAUUUGUCUUUGACGUAUUUUCGUGUGCAAAAAAUUUUUUUGUUUGGGAAGCACGUCGUGAUGAUGAAUUUUCACCAUUAAAAAAUGGUUCAGGAACAAAAGAUACAGCAGUAACAUGUCGAAGAGAUUUAAUGCUUCAACAUGUUCGUUGGCUUCAAGCAGCUGGUGCUAUAUUACCACCAAAUACUUCUAAACAAAUUAUCUUAGCCGAUAAAUUUCAUGACAAUGAUAGUAAUUCAAAUGGAAUUUUUGUUGAAAUUUCACCAUUAAUAUCUUAUGCUGGCGAAAAUCUUGAAUUUACAAAAGGUCAAAUACUUCAAUUACCAUUAAAAAUGGAAAUGAAAUAA